AUGUCCGAGCUCGACAGGAGAGCCCUUGCCAUGCAAGCGCCAUCGGAUGACAUGCACUCUCAGUCGUUUGAAGACACCCCGGAGUCAGAGCCAGCAUUUUUCCCUCGUUACACGGACGAGGAGCUAUUGUCAAUGUAUGAAGACCUGCUGGAAAUACCACUUGCCCAACAACCUGUAGAGGUCGCGAAGCGCUCCGCGGAAGAUAGAGAUACACAAGCCAUGAUUGAAGUGAGAGAACGGAUGCGUGAUGGAGACUUGGACAACGCUGAAAUUCAGCUUUCCGGUGUUACACCGCCUGAAGACAUUGUUGAUAUCGUGCUCGGAUAUCACCCAUUGCAUGGAAACAUAGAAGGAUUUGAAGGAUUUAUUAAACGGUUCGUAUUCGGCAAACCUUCUGAGACUCAACGAGAUCUGCAUAUCAAGUCACACCUGCGUGACCCGGCUGUCUUUUCGUUGCGCGCAUUUCCCACUCGUGCUAUCGACCUCCUGCAUAAGUAUGAGGCUUCUGGGCUACAUGCCCCCAUGAAGUCCUAUUCAUGCAUUAUAUCCUCCCUAUUCUCUGUCCGUCCCUCUCCUUCACCUCCUUCGAUAUCCUCAACGCCGGACGUGCCAUUAGGAAAACUGGCUGCGAAUUCACAAGCUUGGAACCUUUUUGCGCACCCGAUCCCAGAUGCUAAUCUUGAUAUAUCGAUAAUCCGCGCUUGUGCUUCAACUCCCUUCUCUCCCGAACCCGAGCGUGCCCUAGACCUGUGGACUGAGAUGAUUGAUGCAGGAAUUGUGCUGACCUAA